ACCAUCAUCGUCGUUCUCACAAGAAGAAGAAGAAGAAGAAGAAGAAGAAGAAGAAGAGGAAGAAGUCUUCUUUCCUCUUCUCCUUUAAUAAAUUGUUUUGGUUUUUGUCUGUCGAUCAAUCAGCUGAUACAUUCAAUAAAUAAAAUUGCUGAUUUCAUUUCGUAUCUUUGUCUGUCUGUCUAUCUAUCUAUCUUAGCUGUAAGAUCCAUCGCGUCUUCUCCUUCUUAAUUUCACAUCAAUCAAUGGGGGAUUGCACGAGUAGUGAUGAUAAUUACUAUUACUCUGAUCGUGACUCUCUCAACGGACUCGAGAACGAAGAAGAAUCCGAUACGCAGUGGGCCACUUCCAAUUGCUCUUCCAUCAAGGUAAUCACGCAAGAGUCUCUUUUGACAGCACAGAGGGAAAGUUUGCGACAAGUAAUGGAUAUGCUAUCGAUAAGGGAACAACAUGCGAGGACUCUCCUCAUUCAUUACCGAUGGGAUGUGGAGAAUUUGCUUGCUGUUCUUGUUGAGAGGGGGGAAACUCUCUUGUUUGCUGAAGCGGGUGUUACUGUCGUUGAUAGUGUUGAUAUUGUUUCUUUAGAUGCUUCUUUCAUCGUAAUGUGCAGUGUCUGCAUGGAGGAUAUGCCUGGGAGUGAAGUAACAAAGAUGGAUUGUGGUCAUGACUUUUGCAACACUUGUUGGACAGAGCAUUUUAUUGUGAAGAUAAAUGAAGGUCAGAGCAAACGAAUUAAGUGCAUGGCACACAAAUGCAAUGCCAUUUGUGAUGAAGCUAUUGUCAGAAAACUUGUUAGUAAAAAGCACCCUGAUUUGACAGAGAAAUUCGAUCGCUUUCUUCUCGAGUCCUAUAUUGAAGAUAACAAGAAGGUUAAAUGGUGCCCUAGCACACCUCAUUGUGGAAAUGCCAUACGCAUUGAUGAUGACGAGUUCUGUGAGGUCGAAUGUUCAUGCAGUUUACAGUUUUGUUUCCAUUGCUUAUCUGAAGCACAUUCACCUUGUUCGUGUUUGAUGUGGGAACUAUGGACCAAGAAGUGUCGUGAUGAAUCAGAAACUGUUAAUUGGAUUACUGUUCAUACUAAGCCUUGUCCUAAGUGCCACAAACCCGUGGAAAAGAAUGGUGGGUGCAAUCUUGUGAGCUGUAUUUGCGGGCAAGCAUUUUGUUGGCUCUGUGGUGGUGCCACUGGGCGAAAUCAUACCUGGUCAAAUAUUAAUGGUCAUAGUUGUGGCCGUUACAAAGAAGAUGAGAAGAUGAACUCGGAGCGCGCUAAGAAUGAGCUAUGUCGCUACAUGCAUUAUCAUAAUCGGUAUAAAGCUCAUGCAGAUUCUUUCAAACUUGAAUCUAAAUUGAAGGAGACUGUAAAAGAGAAUGUUUCAAUUCUGGAGAGUAAAGACUCCAAGCUCAGAGAUUUUACCUGGAUUACAAAUGGGCUUUACCGACUCUUCAGAUCAAGGAGGAUUCUUUCAUAUUCUUACCCGUUUGCAUUUUAUAUGUUUGGAGAUGAUUUGUUUAAGGACGAGAUGUCAAAAGAUGCAAGAGAAAUAAAGCAAAAUUUAUUUGAGGUCCAGCAGCAACAACUUGAAGCAAAUGUUGAAAAGCUAUCAAAAUUUAUAGAAGAGCCAAUUGCUGAGCAGGAUGAGAAGACAAUUUUGGUGACAAGGAUGGAAAUUAUAAACCUAUCGGUUAUUGUGGAUAAUCUCUGCAAGAAAAUGUAUGAAUGCAUUGAAACUGAUUUGCUUGGUACACUUCAAUUUGGUACUCAUAGUAUAUCUCCAUACCUUUCAAAAGGCAUUGUGAAGGCUGCAGAACUCUCUGUAUGUCAUUAUCCUACUGACAUUAAAGCUGGGAAGCGUCCAGCCCAUGAUGAUAACACACCUGGAGGAGAGGCAACAGAUUCCGACAGCCUUUUGGUCUCUGCAAGUUCGGGAGAUGGUGGAUGCUCAUCUAGGAAAAGGAAUAGAAAGGAAAGUAUUAAAAGAAGCAUGAUAGAUCUGAACUUGCCAUCGGAGAUUGUUGAUGGGAAUUAAACCUAAUUUUUUUCCUCCUGUGUGAAGGAGAUGACCAGAAUGUACAGAUUUGACGUUAAAAGGUGACUUUCUCAUCUCUACAUGGAAAACAUUUAGAACAAUUUUGUCUCUUUAGAACUUGAUUUGAAGAUACCUAAAAAAACAUAUAAGAAAAGUUUUAGUAUUUGCUAGUCAAGAUAUCAGUAUGGCCUUCUGAUUUGGCAAUAAAUGUCUCCAUGGAAUGGAGAGAAUGUGAAUAUUUCAGAGGGUGGAAAAUUGCUGGCAAAAGGAUGAUGGUUUGCAUAAUCAGUUGAGUUAAUACUCUUCUUUUUAUAUUGAAAUGUUGAAUAUUUCUGAUGCUA